AUGAUCCAGCGACACGAUCCCCAGGCACGAAUAAAGUACAUAGGCCCUCGACUCUUUGCUACCCUUUUUAUCCUAGGGGAUUUUGCUUGCCUCUGCUUUAUAGGAUGUGGGGGAUCUCUUGCAGCCAUUUACGCGGAUAGUCCUGUUGGCAUAAAUCUGAUGAUAGCUGGGUUGGCUACACAGGUUUUGUUUACGGACAAACUAGGUGCCUCAGUUACCGCGGCCUGCCUCUUCAUCCGCUCGUGUUGGCGUGUCGCUGAGUUAAGUGAGGGGUUCAACGGUCCGCUAGCGUCCAAGGAAGGGAUUUUUAUUGCGUUGGAUAGUCUUCCUAUGGUUGCUAUGUCUGUUUUGCUGACAUUGUUACAUCCACAGUACUGGUUUGGGCAUGGAAGUCAGCCAAACAAGCUGGUGGACGAAUACAAUCUUGUGGGCAAUAUGAGGAGUGUGUAA